GCCCUAAUGUUUUUUCGGGUUUCGGACAAUCUCCACCCUACCAUUUUUUGUAUUUUGUUUGAAUGUCGAGAUGAAAGAAAUCAUCAAUUGUUAAAUACUUUGUUUAUAAUUGUCAGAACAUAAACGAAUCGGGUAUUUCUGCGAGAGUGUCUAGCAUCAAUAAAAAUGAGAAAAUUCGAUCUUAUUAUCGCAAUUGUAUUACAAAUCGAGUUGGUGGCAUGUUUUAUUGAACCAAUAACAUUUACUUUAGGGGCAAGCUCAGUUAUCGGCUAUUACGCUUAUCAAUAUUACAUUAAAUGCAACACUAACGAAUGUUGCACGGAUAAUUGGAUACCAGUUAAUACUGAAGAUCUCGGGAGGAAUUUUCGAAAGCAUUUGCACGGACAACAGGUUGCAGCAACAACCGUCCUCCGUGCACUGAUAGGUUAUAAGAAUACAAAAGAACCACCAAAGGCAUUGGUGAUGAGUUUUCACGGUUUACCAGGAAGCGGCAAAAAUUAUGUGACCAACAUGAUCGCAGCAUCAUUUUUCAAAGAAGGCCCAAACAGCAAAUAUUAUCACUUUUUCAAUGGCCGCAGUUAUGCUCCUGUGGAGGCCCGAAUUGAAGCCUACAAGUCUGAGUUACGAGACACCAUAGUCAAGAGUCUGUUGGCUUGCGAGAGAUCGAUGUUCGUAUUCGACGAAGUGGACAUGAUGCCAAUGGGUUUGUUGAAUGUACUGGUGCCUUUCAUGGAUUACACGAAGCGGACCGGUGUGAGCUACGAGGGAAAGCACGUUUACGUGACAACGAAUAAAGCGAUAUUCAUAUUUCUUUCGAACACCGGUAGCGAACAGAUACUAAAACAAAUGUUGAAAUUUUGGGAGGCCGGAAAAGAUCGCAACACAAUGAAACUUGCGGAUUUCGAGAACCUCAUAGCGAUCGGAGCUUUCAACGAGAAAGGAGGUUUCCAAAAGAGUGACACGAUAAGAACCAAUUUGAUAGAUUAUUACGUGCCUUUCAUGCCGAUGGAGGAAACACACGUGAGGCUUUGUAUGCGAGAUGCGUUUGCGCUCAGAACUUCUCCGACACGAGAAAUGGAAGAGGAAGUAUUUUCGGCUCUUACGUGGGGUCCCGAACCUCACAAUAUUUAUGCAAAAAGUGGUUGCAAAAAAAUAGAGCAAAAAGUCAUCAGCAUCGUAUAUCGAAAUCAGCACGAUAAAUGGUUAUAGAAGAUAGUUUAAAUUUUUCUAUAAUCGAGUGUGAACGUUAGAAGAAAAACCAAAACAAAAACGAUGAUUUUUUUACACAAAUACCAACGGAGAUUUUUUUAUGAAGUGUUUUUUUUUUUUUUUAUAACGUUUCUCUGCGUACAUGUAAUAUUUUGUUUUUUAUUAAUAAAACUUAUUGGCACGAUCGGAGAAUAUUUCUCACGAGUCAAAAAUAUAA